AUGACAUCAGCCUUUGAGAGAGUGGUCAAGAGUGUGAUCCAGAAGGUGGACCAUGGCAGAGGAGAUCUCAUCCCAGUGGACUAUGCUCCAAAUUCAAUCAGCUUAAAGCCCUACUGCCUCCUGAGCAGGAAACACUCAAGCUCUUGGUUCUGGAAACCCCAUUAUAAAUUUCUCAACCUGUCAAUCAAGGACAUCCUGGAACCCAGUGUUCCAGAACCAUCAUCUGACAGUUCCAGUGCCUCCAUGAGUAUGUGUAUACUGCGUGUGAAUCCGAAGACCUGGGAUAUCAUGAAGAGUGAAAGGAAACUGCAGCAGCCUGAGAAUAAAAUCCUGCAACAGCUUCGGAGGCAUGGGGAUGACCUGUUUGUUGUGACCGAGGUGCUGCAGACAAAGGAGGAGGUGAAGAUCACCCAGACCCACAGUCAGGUCUCAGGCAAGUUUACACUGGCUGGAGCCUCAUGCUUCCAGGGUGAUGGCAAGGGCCACCAAAGCUGGAAAAGAAUGGUGACCCUUCCUCCAGGCAGCGUCCUUGCAUUCCGAGUGGCGAAACUGCUCAUUGGCUCUACAUGGGGUGUCCUUCUCCUCCCGGAUGAGAAAAAGAGGACAUUUGAGUGCUCCUCAGUCAACAGAAGUGUAGUGGACCAGGAGCAUCAUAGAUUUAAUCUGCUCACUGCACUACAGUCCAUUGGUCAGAAGCUCAAAUUCAUGUCAGAUGGAAUACCUAAGGAAGAAGAAUUCAGGGAAGACUUCCAAAGUCUGUGUGCAGAGGUGAAGGCUGGCUCGUUACAACUGGGGACAUUAAAAAUGGAGUUAAAACAACAGCUACUAGAGGACAUUGGGAGGAUUCUACAGGACCAGCCCAGCCUGGACGCCUUAGAGGCCUCACUAUGGCAGGGCCUGUGCAGUGGAGAGAAGGUGGAGCCUCUGAAUGGCCCAGCAGGCUGCAUCCUUGAGUGUCUGGUGCUAGAUUCUGGAGAGCUGGUGAUGAAAUUCGCAGCCCCUAUCUUCUAUCUGUUGGCAGCACUGAAUGGGCUGAGUGAAACUCAUCGGCCUCUGUUGGCUAAGCCUCUGGAGUCAACAGUACUGUCAAAGCAGCUGAAGUUGGUGGAGCACAUCUUGGAACAGAGCACCCCAUGGAAGGAGCAGAGGUCUGUGUCCCUGCCCUCCGGGCUCCUUGGGAACAGCUGGGAUGAGGAGGCUCCCACCUGGGUCUUGCUAGAAGAAUGUGGCCUAAGGCUGCAGGUGGAACCCCCCCAGGUGCACUGGGAACCAACUUCUCAGGGCCCCACAUGUGCUCUCUAUGCCUCCCUGGCCCUAUUGUCUAGUCUAGGUCAGAAACCUCAUUAGCCUGCAGGCCUCCGUUCCAGCAACAUCUCCAUGUCCUACCCUCCAGCCAGGGCAGAAUCUUGC